GCACCUGGCACAGGCAGAAUGUGCUGAGAGUGGCCACAGAGGCUGGGACUCAAUGCUGGCAUUGCCAGACUCUGCCACAAUCCUUCCAAGGUGUUCCUGCAGGAGGGAUGGCUCUGGAGCCUUGGGCUCCUCCAGGUAAAACAGGAUUGAGCUCAAACUCUGCUUUUCUUUUUCCUCCCUUUGUAUUUUCGCUUUUUCCUCCACCCUGCUUCUUUCCUCUUUUGUCCAAACCCCUUUGUUUUCUUCCCCUUUUCCUGCUCCCGUUUUGCCAAUCCUCCUUAUCCCACCUUCAGGAGCAGGCAGAGCACUGCUGGGACAUUUGUGGCACCACCUGAACAUGAGGCCAGAGGCUCCAUCACGGCUCUCAAACGUCUGGAGGAUGGCGAUGAUGGUCUGCAGGCAGCGUCUGCAGGGCGAGAUGGCACGGUGGGCAUUGGCACUGACACUCUGCCUGUCCCUGUCUGCGGUGGCAUCUGCUGACUGUGUCACGCAGUGCUCCCUCUGCACAGCCCAGACCCGCGGUGCCGAGAGCAGCGUCCAGCCCCUGAUGUGCCUGUGGGAAUGCCAGGGCUCCUUGUCACCCGGCCCCGAGUGGGAGAUGUGCAGGAAGGCGCUGGCGCUCCUGGCCCCGCUGGUGGCCCUGGCCGAGGGGACAGACCCGUCCCCACCGGAGGCGGAGGAGGAUGAGGCGCAGCCGGAGCAGGCUCUGGGCCCUGCAGAGCUGCCGCCGGCGCCGGCCAAGCGCUACGGCGGCUUCAUGAAGAUGAUGUCCAAGGCGAAGCUGCUGUCCCUGCUCCGCGAGAACGCUCACGGCAAGGGCGGCCUCAGCAAGAAGUCCGGGGCCUUCAGCCGCAAGCCGGGCGAGCGAGCGGCCCCCGAGGACUACCCGGGGCCGGCAGGGGACGGGGACGAAGAGCCCACGGGGGCCGAGGCCGAGGGGCCGGGGCUGGCGCAGCUGCACAAGCGCUACGGGGGCUUCCUGCGCCGCAUCCGGCCCAAGCUCAAGUGGGACAAUCAGAAGCGCUACGGGGCCUUCCUGCGGCGGCAGUUCAAGGUGACCACCCGCUCGGACGAGGAUCCCAGCGCCUACUCAGGGGAGGUGUCAGACCUAUAGAGCCGGGCGUGCGACGGCAGCACCACGGUCCCCACACUGCCACUCCCACUGUGCCAUCGCCCCCAGCCCUGUCCCCUGCCCAGCCCGCUGUGGCUGGUGUCACCCUUGCCUCGUUCCCUCAGGGCACCAUGAGUUCCAUCCCGUUGUCCCUCUGUGGUUCACCUGCCCAUCCUGCGCACGGAGGGGACAGUGCCGCUCCUCCGGCUGCUGGCGGUGUGGCUGUGGCCCAGCCCAGGGUUCCCGGGGGUGUAUUGCUGGGGACACAGAUCCUCCAUCCUCCCGUGGCUGCCGGAGCACAGCAGAGUCUGGAACCACCACAGUUGAGGUACAGGGCAGGGGGCUCCGAGCCCUAGGGAGGAUGAGCCAGGGCAGGAUCGGGGAGGUGGCUGCCGUGGCCACAGGCAGAGGUGGCUGGUGGAGCCACAGCACCAUCACCAGGUGCUCAAGCACUGCUGAGCUCAGCCCCCAUUCCCCUCCCCAGCCUCUCACAGUGUCCCACCAACCCCAGCACCCACCUGGUGCCCCUGGGCUCCCCUCCAAGAGCGACUCUAGAGGCAGGGUCAGCCCCAUGCCCCAACACCCA